AUGUUUGCUCAAUUUUCAGUCUGUGCGUUUGUCUAUGCUUCCAAGUCUUUUAAAAUUGCUAACUAUGUCCGGAUAGAUCAGAUUUCGUAUCUGCUCUACUGCAGUCUUGGAGGUUCUGUUGCAGCGGACGCCCCGGUCGCGGGCUCUUUGUGUGCACUUCUUUUUGGCAAUCGCACGGGUUUCAAGCGAACAGACUCGUUGGUCACGAGUUUAAUGGCUUUUACCAUUAACACAGGUCUUCUCACAAGUAUUUGCGCCAUAGCUUGCUUUGUCACUUAUGCCCUCUGGCCUCAACGACUCAUCUUCAUGGGAGUAUACUUCGCUCUGAGCAAAUACAUCAAUUCUUUGCUUGCGUCCUUAAAUGCGCGAGGGCUUCUGCGAGACAAGGGUUAUGCUGUCUCCAUAAUUCCAUCUUGCAUGGUUGCUACACCUUUCACCUGUCACCCCCCUAUGACCUCUUGUGAUUCCAAAAUCAAUGUCAUGGGUUGUACACCAGAGAUGUAA